AUGGAGCCGCCGUCAACGAGCGUGGCCUUUACUGGCACAAACCAACAAGGGUUCCAGAUUGGUGUGAACCAUGGCCAUAUUACGGUACCAUGCCCUCGGUCCAACGCACACGCUCAGGCACAGAAGAAGCAAAUAAACCUCUCCGUCCUGCGGAAGUUGGAGAGGCUCCUGUUCACCCCUGGCUCGCCGAGGCGGGCCGCCCUCUUGGUCUCGGUGGCAUCGGGUGCGGUCGCCCUCCGGCUAACAUGUUCUUUCGCCAGCGAGACCAAUCCCCGGGUGAGGCCAACAACGCUCUGUAUCGAAUCCGCGGCCGAAAAACCGUGUAGAGUCCCGUAUCGAGGGCACACUCGCACGCUACCUCCCCGAUUGCGCACACGGCACAAUUCUUGUGACGACCAGAAACAAACAAGCCGGCGCAAGACUGACCAAAGGCGGGCCUCUUAUCGCGGUCGGGGAGAUGACCGAAAACGAGGCCACCGAGUUACUUUGUCGGCACGCACAGCUCCGCAGUGCCACCUCCGAGGAGCUGUCGUGGCUCUCUUCUCAGUUGGGGCCUUGCCCCUUGCUCUUGUCCAAGCGGCAGGGUUCGUUCAGGAAAACGACCUGACAGUGUCGGAGUACUCGGAGCUCUUAGAAACGAACGAAGAGCACUUCCUCGACCUGCUUAGUGAGGAGUAUGGGGAUCACGGGAGGGACCCUGAAACUCCCGACGCAGCGACUAGGACGUUGUUCCUGUCGUUUGAACAGAUUCAAGAGCGCAAUCCCCUAGCGGCGGAGAUUCUCUCUCUCAUGACCCUCUUCGACCGCCAAGAGGUUCCCUGGGACUUUCUAACCACCUACCACACAAACACGUACGGCUCGAGACCAACACAGGAGGUCGAACUCACAAAAGCGUUGGGGGUUCUCACAGCAUUCUCGCUCAUCGUGAGGGCCAUGGACCAGACAUACAGCAUGCACCGGCUGGUACAGCUGGCCACUUGGAAAUGGCUCAAAAGGAAAGGGAUGGCGCAGCACUUUGCGGAAAACGCACUCCUCGUCGUCUCACAGGCCUAUGCCUUCUAUCCCUACACCAACUUGGACAAUCUGGACGUCUGCAAGGAAUUCCUCCCCCACGUGUUCGCCGCGCUAAAGGAGCCCACCGUAUCCCCAGACAAGAAACUUGCGAGAGCGUCACUUCUAGCCAGCGUCGCCGGAUUUCUCGACUUGGGCAACUGGGUCGUGGUGGAACUUCUGUUCACGCAGGCGUUGGACAUACGCAAAGAAUUACUCGGCGGCGGGCUCGACGACCACGCGCUGAAAUGCAUCCACGGCAUAGCGCAGAGUUACUACCGACAAAGUCGGCUGGACGAGGCAGAGGCGCUGUUGAUGCAGGUCAUCGAAGCGUCCAGCAAAGUGGCAGACGAGAUGUACCCCAACACUCUGCUGCUCAGCGUGACCACGCUAGCCCUGGUCUAUGGGGAACGGAAGCAAUGGAAGCAGGCAAGGGACCUGCAGAUACAGCUAUACGUAAUAGCGCGGGACAUGCAGGGCGAGACGCACCUGAAUGCACUACACCGGAUGUCUGACUUCGCAACGACCCUCUAUUUUGUCAAUCAUCUCGCGGCCGCGGCGGAGGCGGAUACCAUGGUCAUGGAGGGGUAUAAGGCGGCAUUGGGGGAGGACCACUUCACCACGAUGAUGGCCAAGGGCUGCCUGGCUGGGACUUUGAUAGCUCAGAGUAACUUCCGAGAGAUACGGAAGAUCCGAUACUUGCUCCUGGCGGCGACACAGACGAACUGGGAGUGUCCGUGGGACGACAUAGACAACAAGCUGGAGGAUGAUGUCGACAGGCUUUCAACUCUGUAUGGUGAAGACCGGUUGGAUGAUGUGAGAGCAUCAGCGGAGUCCGCGGCUAAGGCCGAAGUGGAAGAGCUCCCGGAAUGGGAGAAGUAUAUGCCGGUGGUGAAGAAGACACGGGAGACUUUUGUGAAGUGCACUAGGCCCGGCUUGUGGGAGGAGGCUGAACCACUGCCGGUGGAAGCCAUCAAAACCUUCCAAGAAGAAAACAAUUGCGGGGACGCGAUGGUGAUCGACACGGCGGACGGACAACACAACGUCGGGGGAGUAUUUAACUUCAGGCAACGAUGCGACGACCUUCGCCGACGAGUGUUCGCCUUGACUCGUUCUAAUCCUUCUUGA